AAGCAAAAACUUUGGAAGCAGUGUUAUACAAACGCAAGAAACAGUGAUAUGGGUACCAGGUAAUCGCCUUUUUCUUCAAAUAUGGAGGGAAACCACCAAAAGCUACACGGUGAGGUAUCUGGAGGGAAUUUAAAAAGAGUAAAACAGUUGAUCAAGCAGGGUGCUGGAAUAAACCGAACAGAUCAAGACGGAUACACAAGUUUACAUGUCGCUGUGCAGAGCAACCAGGUUAACAUCAUUGAAUACCUCAUUAAACGCGGCGCUGACUUGGAAAAGGUGACUACGUAUGGACACACACCCUUACAUCUUGCUGCAUCGCUCGGACAUCUAAAAGUAACAAAAGUUAUACUCAGUCAUGGAGCGAGCAUUGACACAAUAAAUAAAGAGGGACAAUCUGCAUGUCACAUUGCUGUAAUUAAGGGCCACCUUGAUGUCGUGCGAUACUUAAUCAACCAGGGGGCAAAGGCCUACCAUGAGGUCAAUGUUGCAAAAAACUCACUCCUACACAUUGCAGCAGAAUACGGCUCAACGGAUAUAGUGGAAUACCUAAUUGGUCAAGGAAUUCAGGUAAACCAGGAGAAUGCUGAAGGUUCGACUGCAUUGCACAUUGCGGCAAAAAAUGGUCAUCUCGAUGUCACCAAGUAUCUGGUUAGUCAAGGAACGGAAGUGGGGAAAGAAGAUAAAAGAGGAAGAACAUCCUUACAUUGGGCGGUUAAGUUUGGCCAUCUAAAAGUGGUAAAAUAUCUGAUAUCUCAAGGAGCUAAUGUGAAUAAGGGUGAUAAACAAAGUUGGGCCGCAUUGCACCUUGCUGCUGGGGCGGGUCAUCUUGAGGUUGCAAAGCAUCUUAUUCUUCAUAGAGCUGAUGUGAAUAAAAGGAGUGAGAGCGGCAUGACUGCUUUACUCAGUGCUGUUUAUGGGGGUCAUGUUGACGUCAGCAAAUAUCUGAUUCGUCAAGGUGCUAAGAUAGAUAUGAAAAGGAAUGAUGGGUCAACGGUACUACAUAUGGCGUCAAAAUUGGGUCAUCUUGAUGUUAUUAAGUAUUUGAUAAGUCAAGGAGUUGGAGUAAAUGAGAGUGAUUGUUUUGGUGCAACACCGUUGUCUAAUGUCAUUCGAAACGGCAUUACUACUGACAUAAUGGAGCACCUAAUCAGUGCUGGUGCUGAUGUGAAUAAGCGUGAUACCAAUGGUUCGACAUCAUUGCAUCUCGCUGCUAAGAUUGGCAAUCUCGACAUCACCAAAUAUCUAAUCACCAAAGGCGUUAUGGUGAACAACAGAGACAAUGACUUUACCACUGCGUUACACAUCGCUUCUAGUAUUGGCGAUCUUGAUAUUGUCAAGUAUCUGAUCAAUCAAGGAGCUCAUGUGAAGAAGAGAAAAAAUAAUGGUCGGACCUCGUUACAAGUUGCUGCACAAGCGAAUCAUCUGAAUGUUGUUGAAUAUCUGAUCAGUCAGGAAGCAGGUAUAAACACGCAAGACGAGCACGGUUUUACCGCGUUACAUCUUGCCGCUCAGGCAGGUAAUUUUGACAUCAUCAAACAUUUAAUCCUGAACGGGGCUGAAGUCAAUAAGGCUAAAUAUGAUGGUUUUACAGCAUUACACAGUGCCGCUGAGAAUGGUCAUCUUGAUGUCACUAAGUAUCUAAUUGAUCAUGGAGCUGAAGUAAAUCAUACUGACAGUAAAGGUUCGACGGCACUACACAGCGCUGUUGAGGGUGGUCUUCUUCAUGUUGCAGAAUAUCUCGUUGCCAGAGGAGCUGAUGUACAUAAGGAAAAUGAUGCUGGUCAGACUGCAUUCCACAUAGCUGUUAAGAACAGUUUUCUUCAUGUCACCAAAUAUUUAAUUGGUGUAGGAGCUGAUGUUAAUAAAGGAGAUAAUGACGGUCACACUGCAUUACAGCAUGCUGCAAAGUAUGGGUUUCUUGAUGUUGUUGAAUAUCUGGUAGGUCAAGGUGCAGAGGUUAAUAAAGGAGAUAAUGACGGCCACACCGCUCUUCAUUAUGCUAAUAUGAAUGGUUGUUCUGAUGUAAUUGAGUAUCUGGUAAGUGAAGGAGCCGAUGUGAAUAAGGGAGAUAAUAGCGGUCGCACUGCAUUACACAUUGCUGCUAGGGAGGGUCAGCUUGGGUUCAUAGAAUUUCUGAUAGGACAUAGAGCUGACGUCAAUAAUAUCGACUACAAGUGUUGGACGGCAUUACACAUUGCUGCUGAAUGUGGCUGGCUUCGUGUUGCAGAAUGUCUGAUCGUUAACGGAGCUGAUGUGCAUAAGGCAAACAAUGCUGGUGAGACUGCAUUGCACAUUGCUGCUAAGAAUGGCAAUCGAGCUGUCAUCAAAUACCUGAUAGAGCAAGGAGCCGAUGUAAAUCACAGAGAUAACGACAAUCACACUGCAUUACUGUAUGCUAAGAUGAAUGGUUUUCGUGAGAUCGUUGAAUAUCUGAUCACCCAAGGAACCGAUGUGAAUAAGGGAAGUAAUGACGGCCACACUGCAUUGCAAAAUACUGCCGCUAAGAAAGGCCAUCUUGAUGUCACCAAAACUCUCACAAGCCACGAAGCCCAAGUCAAUGGAGACAUUAAUGGCUGGAGUGCCUUACACGCUGCUGCUGAGAGUGGUCAUCUUGGUGUCACCGAACAUCUCAUAAGUGAAGGAGCCCAAGUCAACAAAAAAGACAAUAAAGGUUCAACUGCAUUACACGAUUCGUCUCUUCAAGGUCAUUUAGAUGUCGUUCAUUGUCUGAUAUGGCAUGGUGCUGACGUAAAUACGGGAGACAUCGAUGGCAAUAGAGCUUUACAUUUCGCUGCUUUCAGUGGCCAUCUUGAUGUCACCGUGUAUCUUCUUAACCAAGGCGCUGAAGUAAAUGAAGAAGCUGAGAAUGGGAAUACUGCAUUGCACUAUGCUGCUUGGAGAGGUCAUCUAGCUGUCACGAAAUGUCUUACUAAAUAUGCUAAUCAAGAGGGCGCUGCAUAUGAAAACAUAAAACCUCGUGAUCCGCCUUCGCAUCAAGAAAGUCAUACCGGUGUCACCAAGUAUGUUUUGUGCAGUGCAGACGUGAAUAAAGCAAACAAUGAAGGUAGAACUGCCUUACACUUUGCCUCAGAAAAAGGCCAUACUGUUGUCGCAGGAUACCUACUUUCUGAAGGAGCUAUCGUGAAUAAAGAAGAUAAUGGUGGCUGGACAGCAUUACACUUUGCUGUUCAGAAUAGGCACUUUGAUCUGGUUAAAGUUCUGUUAGAGGCAGGGUCAGGUCCUGACGCAGAGGACAUUCACGGACAGACAUCUCUACAGCUGUCACAGUUACUUGGGUAUGAAGACAUCACUGAUCUUCUCAUCAAUGGUCGCAAUUCAGAGGUGAGCCAGGUUGAUGUACUUGAUAUACAACAUGCCAUAGAACACGGCCACACACCCUCCAUUGAGAAGAUAGUUUCAAGUGGAGCUGAUCUCAAUGCCCAGAAUACUGACGGUCAGACGUGUCUUCACAAAGCCAUCAAACUCUGUUACAAGACUGGGGUAACUGUGGAAGGAAGUGCCGCACUAAAAAGGAUUUCGGACGAGUUUUACGAUGGGAAACUAUCUCCCGAGAUGGCCCUCGUGUUGUAUCUCCUGGAGAACGGAGCUAGGAUAGAUGUGGAGGAUGCGGAUGGCAACUUACCGAUUCAGUAUGCCAAGGAUGAGGUGGUCAAACAGAUGAUUUUAUCGAGAUUGACUUCAUUGGAGGACAUCAAAUCAUACCGAGAAAUUGGACCUGCACCGUCAGUGAAGUCUGUUGAGGUCGGAGCUGAUAGCACUUUGGAAACAGCACUAGACGAUCAUGGCGUAUCAGUGAUCAUUCCUCCAGAUGCCAUUCAUCAGGAUCACUCACGUCGGAUCAUCGUAACGCUUUUAGAACACCCUUCAUGUCUGGAUGUUCAGGAAGAUGAAUCAUUGGCAUGCUGUGGUAUCAAGUGUGAUCCCGGAGAUAUGAUCUUCAAUAAACCCGUGAUGAUCAGAAUUCCACAUUGUUUCUCUGUCACCAACCCAUAUCAAGUACUACCAGAUAUCGUCUGCUAUGAAUGGGAUUCAGUGAACGAUCUACCAAUUACGUCAAGGAGGAGAUCAUCCACCUCACCAGACAAACCACCACACUGUAGAGUGUACGGUAGACAUCUUGAGCUCUACAUUGACCACUGUGCCGAGUGGUGGGUUCUUAUUCCCCUCGAACAACAACUGGUCCGACAGAAGCUUAUUUGUACGCCAUACAUCCCGGACAAGAUAGACAAAGGCAAGAAGAUCGAUGUUCACAUCCAUCUUCAUGCGAACCUUCCAGGAAUGGAUGCGGAUGCCGAAGAGGAGGAAAGGAAGCAAUCAUAUCACAAGGCCCAUCCAUCUGUUCCUAUCAACGUAGCAACCAAGUCUGGAGACCUUGAUGUGGUUUGCCACCGUGAGGGCCAUCGUGAUGUAAAGGAGGUUCUCCCUCUAAAAGAUGUUCAUAGCAAUAUGAGAAACCACAUUCUUUUACCAGUUACCGUAAGUGAAGAGGACAUUGACUUCCCACUAACUAUCACAAUCGCGCAGACGGGAAAGCUUGAUGUUGCAAUAUAUUUCGCCUUUGUCUUCAAUAGUUCAGAUGGUGAAGAGCAAGAACCUUCUGUAGAAAUCGCUUCUUCUGUUCGCGUGGUUAGAGGCAUUUCAGGAACUGACAUCCAGGAUGUCGAGCUGCACAGCAUUGCUGAGAAGAUGUCGGUGAACCAUUUCUAUGAUUUGGGGAUCGCACUUGGCUUUCGAAUCCCCAAGUUGGAUACCAUCGAAUACAUGCAGUUAGGAAACAGGCAGCAGGCUAUGUACCAAAUGCUGGUAAAAUGGAGGCAGGCACAGCCAUCUGGUCUUGCAGCGAAGGAUGCGUUGCUGUCAGUAAUGGAGUCGUUAGAUCUGCCAAGCAUGCCAAACCUCGGUUCUGUCAGGUAAGUGCCUAUCCAGUCUGUAUUUUGGCCCCCUAAAUACAAUGUUUGUUUUUGUAAUUGAUAUGCAUAUAUUUGUGUCUUUUUUAUAUACAAACUUUGCGUCUUCAAAGGAAAUAAAUGGGUUCUUUAUCUCCUAAACGAAAGAAAAUAAAGAUAAUGAGAAAGUUAACGCCUCCAUCUUGAAAAAAAGUGAAACGAAGAUUGUAGAUGUACACAAGAUAGCAUUAACAGUCCGAGAUGGGCAUUGGCUCUUUGACAAUACUCCCAGUCAAACUUCAGCAGAAAAUAUCACUAGUCAAAUUACGACCUUAAUGAUUCACAAAUUCCUGUAUAAUAAUCACUUCAUUAGGUGAGGAUUGGUCCAGGAACAUCCGAAAUAAGUAACAGACUUUCAUCAGUAUAAUUUUCUAUUAUCUAUACGCAUUCAUAUAAUCAUAAUUGAUAUAACACAUGAAAGGGGUUGGGGCAAACAUGCUUUCCUGUGGAGCUCCGUAUUUUACAGGCGUAUGAUCUGAAAUACAUUUUGCAUGCAGAAUAAUAAAUGAAGAUUAGUCAGGUAUGAUCUUAACCAUUUAAAGCAAGGUCAAACAAGACCCAUGACUUGUAAUCCUAUG